AUGUCGAUCGCUUCAAGUCUCUACGGUAUCACUGGUACCAUCUACUCCAACCUGUUCAUCAACUUGCCCUACCCUGAAACAAAAGAUGACUUAUCAGACAAAAUCAUGAUUGUCACCGGUUCCAACACCGGUCUUGGCUUCGAAGCAAGUCAACAUCUUCUCCGCCUUGGAGUCGGUAAACUCAUCAUGGCUGUUCGCAGUCUUGACAAGGGUGAGGCAGCGCGAAAGGAGCUGCUCGAAUUGACGAAGAGAGUUCCGGAGUCUAUCGAAGUUUGGCACCUUGACAUGGCGAGCUACGAGUCUGUCAAGUCAUUUUCAGCUCGUGCUAUUGCCGAGUUGCCUACCAUUGACGUUGUCUUGGCCAAUGCGGGUCUUGCAACUUCUUUCGAGUUCUCGACGGCCGAAGAUAAUGAGAGGACGAUUACAGUCAACGUCAUAUCUACUUUUCUCCUCUUCUUUCUCCUGCUUCCCAAACUUCAAAAGUCUUCAUAUCCCGGCAAAUUCGUCAUUCCCAACUCGGCAACCCAUUACUGGGCUCCCAUCAAAGAGUUGAUCCCAGAUAAGCAAGCGGGCAAGAUCUUCUCACGACUCAACGACCCCGAAAAGUCUAUCAUGGAAUCACGAUACUACGUUAGCAAGCUAAUAGUUCUCUACAUCACCCGUGAGAUCGCGGCUCGUCUUACAGCCUCCGAGAAGUCAAGCGUCAUCAUCAACGCGCCAAAUCCAAGCUACUGCAUAUCUGGUCUCAUGCGAGAGAAGCAAGACGUUGCGCCGCCUGACUUCUUGGCUCGGUCAACGGAAAUGGGAAGCCGCGCGCUUGUCACUGGAGUCUUGGCUGGUCAAGAAAGCAAUGGGCAGUACAUGAAUAGCUGCCAAGUUCGCGAUCCCGCUUGUCAUGUCACGAACAAGACUGGCGCAAAGAUCCAGCAUGCGCUGUAUGAAGAGCUGCUGGAGAAGCUAUAUAAAAUCGCCCCAGGAGUGUCUAAGAACAUUUAG